GGGUUGUCGCUUCAUAGGAUAGCGGAUUGAAUAGGAGUGGGACCACCCUGUCCUUUUUUCCAGGUACUACACCUCGCCCUAGCGUCGACGAUCUUCUGAGUAAAGGAGACAGUCAAUUUAAGGUGAAUAUUAACCGUGAGGUAGAGGGUGGUCAAAAUAAUUUCCAAGUGACUGUAAAACAGAAAUGAACAUUAACCAAAGACGUCAAGGCAGUGGACAGGACGCAAAUGUCGAAAACGACUCGUACACGGCGCGUGCUGCGCCCGCCACGACUCCGGUCAAGUCAGGUAAAACCCAGAAAAGAGAGAUUGCUUCAUGCAACAAAGGCGGUGAAUGUGAUGAAUAUGAUGGCAGUUGCUUGAAAAAGAGAAAAGUACUGGAAAGUGGUGCUGAUUCAGCUUUAAUCUCAAAUGAGCUUACCGAGGACAAGAAGGAAGUAUUUGAGUUCCUCUCUCAAUCUGACUUGGCAGAGUUACAAACAAUGCCAUGCUCUGUCAAAAAGGCAAAAUUAAUUCUAGAAAAUCGACCAUUUCGUGAUUGGACGGAUAUGGUUGAGAAAUUUCAAAGAAAAGGUGGACCUGGUGAUGAAGUUCUAAAGUCUGCUCAGAAACUUGUGCAAACUAGAGAACUAGCUUCUGAACUUAUAAAGCAGUGUAGAGAGCUUUCUAGUCAAAUGGAAGCAGCCAUAGCUGCUGGUCUCUCUAAUGUCCAAUCAAAACCAAGUAUAAUGUCAAAUGAAUUAAAAUUAGCUGAUUACCAAUUAGCUGGUCUAAACUGGCUACUUGCAUUGGACACUGUUCAAGUUAAUGGUAUGCUGGCUGAUGAGAUGGGUCUGGGUAAAACAUUGCAAAUCAUAGCAUUUCUUUCUUAUUUAAAAGAAAAACAAAAAUCUGCUCUAGGGAAACCUCAUCUCAUUGUUGUCCCUGCUUCUACUUACGGUACAAACUUUUGUUGCAUCAUCUGUCAAUUUUGGUGUGGCUCUGCUACAAACUUAAAUAUUUUUCCUACAGAAAAUUGGCAAAAUGAAUUCAGUAAGUUUAGCCCCAAUAUAAAAGUGAGGUUAUACUCCGGGGAUAAAGUUCAGCGGAAACGUCUGAGACAGGAAUGGUUUAACGAUGGGUACGGUGACACAGAAGUGGUUCUUACUACCUAUUCAACGGUAGCAACUUGCCCAGAGGGACGAUCCAUGUUUAGAACCCUGCCAUUACACUAUGCAGUAUUUGAUGAAGCUCACAUGGUGAAGAAUAUGACCUCCCAAAGAUAUGGACAUCUUAUCAACAUACAUGUAAGUUUAAAAAAUUCCGUGAGGGAACGGACCGUGCAAUCAGAUGUUCGUACUCUAAAAAUGGGACAUAUAUUGCGGUUUCAAUGCAGUUUGCUCGAUUUUGCUACCUGGGUAGGACUGCGCACUGCUGCAACAGUACGACAAAAGUUCCUACUGUGGAAACAGUGGGACAGUCCUACUGUUGAAAUAGUGAGACAAUCCUACAGUUUAAUUUUCAGAGUACAGCAAGAAUGCGGGCGUCCUGCAGCAUGUUUGCGCAUCCCGAAAGCAAGCCCACUGACAAAAAUGUCCAAAAACACUUCCAGAAAAAUGUGGAAAAAUGUUGGGACCCUACAGACUGUCUAUAAUUAUCUGUAUUUUGUCUGUUCUUUGGCUUCUAAUCGAGUAUUAGUAACAGGAACUCCUAUACAAAAUAAUUUAUUGGAGCUUGUGUCCCUUUUGGCUUUUUUAAUGCCUAAGAUGUUUGAAGGAAAGCAUGAGACACUUAAACUGCUGUUUGCUUCGAAAACGCAACGCAACGAAAAUGAUUCAGAAAGUACUUUAUCAAAAUUUGAGCGCACUCAAAUAUUUCUUUCAAAGGAGAUCCUCAAACCAUUUGUGCUUCGUCGCCUCAAGUCCGAUGUACUGAAAGACAUACCCCAGAAAACAUGUGAAACAAUUCAGUGUUUUAUGACUGAGGAUCAAGAAAAAAAAUACAACGAACUCGCAGCAAAGUUUUCCAAAGAGGAUAAAGAUGAGUGUGAUGGUGAUGACAGUGUGAAAUCUGUUCGACAGACGGGAAUGUACAUGAAACUUCGAAGGCUGGCCAAUCACCCUUUGCUUUUAAGAUACCAUUUUGAGGAUAAAAUUCUGGAAAAAAUGGAAAAACUAUUGCUGAAUGAUAUGAAACCUUUGUAUAGCUUCGAAGAGCUCUGUGUUAUGUCGGAUUUUGAAUUACACAAAAUUUGCUUAGAAAACAAGACAUGCGACAAUUUGCGUCUUUCUCCAAGUUUCAUUGGAGAAUCAGGAAAAUUCAGGCAAAUUGAGAAACUGCUACCAAAACUUUUUGAGGAAGGACAUAAAGUCCUUAUGUUUUCCCAGUUUUUGAUUGUUUUAGAUAUUCUAGAGGAGUUUUUGAAGCAAAAAAUGUAUAAAUAUCUCCGUUUUGAUGGAACUACUUCAGUAGCCCUUAGGCAAGGGCUUGUCGACGAGUUCAGCAGGGACCCAUCAAUACGAGUAUUUCUCUCAACUACUCGCGCUGGAGGUCUCGGUGUCAAUCUCACUGCUGCUGAUGUAGUCAUAAUCCAUGAUGUCGAUUCGAACCCACAAAACGAUAAGCAGGCUGAAGAUCGUUGCCAUCGCAUUGGACAGUCAAAGCCCGUGAAAAUUAUACGUCUCAUUUCUAAAAACACAAUUGAAGAGCGAAUUCACAAUGUGGCUCUAGGAAAACUUGCCCUUGAGAAGGACGUCUCUAGUAACGAAGAACGACUUACCUGCAAAGCAGCACUCGGGAACGAAUAAAGUUCUAGCUCGGAGCGGAACUCCGGGCGAGAUGAGAGAGGGGGAGGUGAUCGGGGGGUCUAAUAUAUAUGAAUGUAUGGUAACAAAUAUUAUAGUUCCGAUUAGUCGAAUUUGUCUUGACAAAAUAUAACACAAGUGUCUUAUGCUUGAGGACGAUUCGAAUCAAAUGUUGCAAAAUUUAUGUGCGUCCAAAGAGCCUCGAACUGUACGUAGGCCAUUACGAAAGGGUCAGUAACUUCGCACUCUCAAACACAAAGUACAUUUUGUGUUCGAAGUUUCUCUUGUUCCAGGUUUCGUCGUAAUUUAAAACGUCCAGAACGUUAAUUUAUUAUGUUUUUAAUUAUAUAAGAUUAAUAUGUUGCCUGGCCCGGUGAACAGACGCCUCGAUGCGGGCUCACACGGGUUGGCACUGGCGGGUUGGGGUUGUCACCGGCCUGCUACUGCUCCCGCCUUGACGCCCUAAGCAAGGCGUCUGUAAAAAACCACGCGUCUGUAAAAAAAACCACGCGGAGAAACGGAAAGUAACGCUUACAGAGCUGUCAUAAUAAAAAAGAAAAUUCGUUUGUUCUU